AUGUCUCCUAUGUGUGUUCUUCUGCUGUUCUUGUUGGUGGUCACGGUCAAGCAGGGCACGCUGAGAGGGACCACGGCCACGAGCGGCUACAACACGUCCUACACAGCCUUCCUGGGCAUCCCGUACGCCGAACCACCUGUCGGCGACCUGCGUUUCCAGCCUCCGCAACCGGCCACUGGCUGGGAGGGCGUCCGAGAUGCCACGCAAUACGGCAGCGACUGCGUGCAGAACACGGGCGAGGGCUCGGAGGACUGCCUCUACCUGAACGUGUACGUGCCAGGGCUACCGCAUGAGGGCUCCGAGCUGCCCGUGCUCUUCUACGUGCACGGCGGCGGCUUCGUCAAGGGCAGCGGCUCCGACCAGAAGUUUGGGCCGGACUUCCUCGUCUCGUACGGAGUUAUACUGGUCACCAUCAACUACCGCCUCGGGCCGCUCGGCUUCCUGAGCACUGGCGACGAUGUCGUACCUGGCAACGUGGGCCUCAAAGACCAGCUGCUGGGGCUCUCCUGGGUGCAGAGCAACAUCGAGCGCUUCGGCGGUGAUCCUCAGCGUGUAACGCUGGACGGGCGCAGCGCUGGAGGCGUGGCAGUCUCCUUGCAUCUCAUGUCGCCGCAGACCGCAGUUUUGUACAAGAUAGUGUACAUGUGGAUGCCUGCUAUAGGUCUGUUCUCACGCCUGGUAGACCAGAGCGGCACCUUCGUCGCUGGCAUGUCCGUGGUGCCGGAUCCUCGGUACCACGCUUUCAGACUGGGUGGAGUCCUCGGCUACGAAGCGGAAACCUCUCAGCAGCUGGUGCAGUUCUUACGCUCUGUGAACGCCACUGACCUCCUGGUGGAUACGUCCGUCUUAAUGACGGAUGAGCUUAGUGAAGACAUAGAUUUCUUCAACCCCACUGACGCACUCGUCAGAAGAAUAGUGGAAGUUUCUGAUCUACCAGUCUACUACUACGAGUUCGACUAUCGCGGGAUGAACGUACCUACAAACGAAUGGGGUAAGUUCAAGCGGAGGACGUACACGAAGAUACAAUCUGCAACGAAUCCAACCCCUGAGGCGGAUCCCGUGGUGUGGGAGCCGUACGACCUGAGCAGCCGCAGCUACCUGCUGAUGCAGGCCAACUUCUCGCUCGCACACGACAGGCUUGGCGAGCGAAUGGACUUCUGGAACGAUAACGUACCACUAGAACCGUCUCCUGGGACCUACUGA